UCCUUACCGCACUGCGCUAGCGCACAGGUUUGUAAAGUGACACUGUGGGUGGAGCUUCUGCCACUGGCUGGGACCCCUCCCUUUAUUGCCCAGGGUCCGCACUCCUCUGAGGACCCGCACUUUCUGCUCAGCCUCUCUGUGCUGCUCCGUGGAGCCGAGCCGAGCCGAGACCUACACCGACACCGUCCAAGCCAUUAGCCAUGGUGGAAGAGCUGCUGUCGCUUCUGCACGCGCUUCUGGACAGGCACCACGCCCUGUGCAUCGAGAACCACCAGCUCCUGAAGCAGCUGCGACUGUUGGUGUGUGAGCGGGCCAGGCUGCUGCGCCAGGUAUGUCCGCCGAGCUGUCCGGUGCCCUACCCCUCGCGGUUUAGCGGCGAGAGUGGCCGGCUCCCUGAGUUUAUCAUGCAGACCAUGUCUUACAUGCUUGUGAAUGAGGAGCACUUCUGCAAUGAUGCCAUGAAAGUGGCGUUCUUGAUCAGCCUCCUCUCCGGGGAAGCUGAGGAGUGGGUGAUGCCUUACAUCGAGUCAAAUAGCUAUGUCCUAGGUGAUUAUCAGGCCUUUGUUGAUGAGAUGAAGCAGUAUUUUGGCUGGGGGACCGACGACGAAGAUGAUGGUGAUGAUGAUGAUGAUGAAGAGGAAGAAAUGGAGGAAGAUCACUAGUCCGGAGCUCCCUUAGGCCUAGAGGUGGGGGCCUUCACGCCUUCUCAUUCCAACCCCCCACCCGCCAUUCCUGCUGCCUCAACCUCUCCCUUUGCAAAGCCACCCUCUUCCCUGCCAGUCUGUUUGCUCCAUCAUUCCCUUCAGGACUUGUCUUUGUUCCAGUUACCUGCUGUGAGUUGGGCCUGGACCUUGCUCUGAAACUGACUUUGGCCUCAGGCACUUAUCCUAAUCUGAACUCUGUUUUGAGUUCCAGCCAUUUUCCAGGUCCCUAUUAGAACUGGUCCGACCACCUGCAUUCCUGCUGCUGACAUCCACUGGAACUCAGGCCAGACCUCCAUCUGCCCAGAAGCAGAUUACUGACAUUUCACCUCCACUCGCCGAAUUUCAUCUGAAGCCAUCCACUUUUCAAGAUAAGGACCAAGUAGAUGAUGGAGUUGCUACUACACCCAUUCAGACUCUGUUUUGGACUGCUCACUAAGCCUUGAAGGGGCCAGCCAGUCUUUACAGACUGGUUAGUUCUGUACAUACUUCCAGGUUCCACAUCUGCCUGACCAGACUGCUGCAGGAACCUGAUGUGCCUGCCGGACAGUUAAAAUGUUGACAUUUCUUUUCUCCUAUGCAUCAGUUUUGCACAGCACUUUUCCUUUCAGAACUGCAGCAGUCUCACAGAUGUGUACAUGUGGACAAGGACUACUAAAAUAAAAGCAAACGGACAGGGAUUCAGCCCAGAUCCUCUCUAGUACUUGAAAAAAAAAAUGUAAUUCUUUGCAAUAAAUAUCAAGCACUGCAAAACUA